AGAAAAGACUGCGAGGCGCGAGUGAGUCAGAACCCAGCCGCCGACGCGGACCCCGUGGAGCAGCCAGCCCAGGGCAUGUACCGAGACUUCGGGGAACCGGGACCGAGCUCCGGGGCGGGCAGCGCGUACGGCGGCCCGGCGCAGCACCCCGCCGCGGCGCAGGCGGCCGCCCAGCAGCAGAAGUUCCACCUUGUGCCAAGCCUCAAUGCCGUGAGUGGCAGCCAAGAAUUGCAGUGGAUGGUGCAGCCUCACUUCCUGGGGCCCAGCGGCUACCCCAGGCCUCUAGUCUACCCUCAGUACAGCCCCCCGCAGCCCCGGCCAGGAGUAAUUCGGGCUGUGGGUCCUCCUCCAGGGGUACAUCGUCGACCCUGUGAACAGAUCAGCCCGGAGGAGGAAGAGCGCCGCCGAGUGAGGCGUGAGCGGAACAAGCUGGCUGCGGCCAAGUGCAGGAACCGAAGGAAGGAACUGACCGAUUUCCUGCAGGCGGAGACCGACAAACUAGAGGAUGAGAAAUCCGGGCUGCAGCGAGAGAUUGAGGAGCUGCAGAAGCAGAAGGAGCGCCUGGAGCUGGUGCUGGAAGCCCACCGCCCCAUCUGCAAAAUCCCGGAAGGAGACAAGGAGAGGGACACAGGCGGUACCAGCAGUGCCAGCGGCACCGGCAGCCCACCAGGCCCCUGCCGCCCUGUACCUUGUAUCUCCCUUUCCCCGGGGCCUGUGCUUGAGCCCGAGGCAUUGCACACCCCCACACUCAUGACCACACCCUCUCUGACUCCUUUUACCCCCAGUCUGGUUUUCACCUAUCCCAGCACACCGGAGCCUUGUGCCUCAGCACAUCGGAAAAGUAGCAGCAGCAGUGGGGACCCAUCUUCUGACCCUCUGGGUUCCCCCACCCUCCUGGCCUUGUGAGGCACCUGCCCCACCCCACCCUCUGCAAGUGCUACCUUAGCGAGGAUCUCAUUCCUUUCCCCCAUUGGUCCAGCUGGCCUGGACCACAUACCAUGCCUAAUGCCAGC